UUGAUAAUAGUCAAAUUCAAAUUCCUGCUGCAAUGGAAACAUCAAAUACUACUACUGUAGAUGCUGCAUUUUUUUGUGAUUACCAUGAUCCACAUGAUUUCAUAAAAUAUGUUUUAAAGAUUUUAGAUAAUAAUGUCAGAAAUUGGAGAAAACUAACAAUGUAUGCGAACUAUACUUCAGUUAUACAGGCAAGUGGCAUGGAAUAUUUACUCAGUUCCUAUGAUGAAUUACAUUAUGUUGCAUACUUUAUUGCUUGUCUGGACAAACUGGCAGAAACACCUGGUAUAAGUUCAAUUGAUUGGUAUCAUUUGCAAAUUGCUAGGGAAAGUAAUUAUAUAAGUCAGGAAGAUGCCCAAAAAUUUUGGCAAGAUAUCAUAUCACAUAUGGAGAAAUUGAAAAGUACCUUUAAAAAUGCUGACCCAACAGCAAUUUUGUGUAGUUAUAAUAAUGUCAUCAAAAUUUAUCCUAAAAUUCGUGGAAUUACUAUGGACAAGAAUAUAUUACGUAUCUGUUUUGUGUUUGAUGAAUCACGGUGCCUUUUAAAAGUUGGUCCUAAAAUUGGUGCAGGGGGUCAAGAUAAAAUU